AUGCACCCCGUAGCAAUCUUGGAGAACAUCCCUAACUACGAGUACCAUGCGCAUGUCAUUACUUUGUUCUCCCUCUUCAAGGGCACCCGAGACAAUCUGUAUCCAUCCCUUGGCACAGCAAUCCCAUCAUUAAAGACUCCCAGUGACCUAAAGGCCGUCAGGGAAACCAUUGAAGAGAUCCAAGAGGGGCUCGUCAACCACAACCGCAAUACUGCAAAGGUUGAAAUUCACACCACUUACCGCGGUGGCAGUAUUACCAAGCCGUUCACGACUCUUGUGGCCCUGCAGAACCAUUGUAUCAAGAAGACAGACUCUGUGAUCGAAUACCUCCUGCAGCUCAAGACCGAGGCCGUCCAGAACGAGGGUCAGUUCAACUUCAUUCCAUUGGAUAACAUCACCAUCUGGGACCUCACUUCUCACCUUUCUGGAUUAGGGGGUGACAACCUCCUGACGGGUCUCAACAACACGCCUCCUCUCAUUCGCCCCAAUACGACUCUCGUCUACUUCAGUAUUGGCCUUGAAAUUCUCUCCCCCGUCGUCGAAGCUACCAAUAACAAGACAUAUGAAUAUAUUCUUGUCAAGACCUUCCUCAGCGAGCCUACAUGGGGCGGUGAUCUUGAUAUCUACGCCUCUGCCGGUGGCAUCUACACCAACAAACGUGACAUGCUUACCUUCGGCGCCGCGAUCCUCUCGUCUGAUAUUGGCAUCAACGUGGGAUUCUGGCUGAAGCCCCAUGUCUUUAACUUUUCGCGGGGAUACUCGAUCAGCGCGCCCUGGGAAAUCUGGGCGUCUUUCACGCUUCUCGAAUCGGGCGUUCCCGUGUCCUUCUACAUCAAGUUCGGUGACCUCGGUCUCUCUACCAACGUGCUCAUCAUCGUUCCCGACUACGACCUCGUUACCUUCAUCCAUGCGACCGGCGCACAGUCGGCAGCUACAUUCUCAUUGCCGACGCAAGACAUCUCCCUCGUGAUGAAGGUUCUCAUCCUAACCCUUGAGAAGGCCAGCAAAGAAUCUGCCCACGCGGCCGUUGCCGGAACCUUCACCGACCAGAAGACGAACUUUGUCCAUUGA